ACUAGUGUUGCGCCAGGGGGGGUGAAUUCCUGUCGCAAACACAAAUAGUGCUCCCCUGAUCCAUGAACGAACAAAGUCGGAGUAAAUAUGGAUAGAACAGGAAAAAGAAAUGCCCAAUCUUACUACCAAAAGGGGUGUGUUUAGAUAAUCUGAUCUGUUUAGGGAACUUCCUAACAUUUGUGUACUUAAAUUCCUUAAGAUGGAGAUGUAGGUGUAGUUUUACAUGCAGAAUAAUCAAGCAUUACAUAAAUCUUAUAUUUAGAACGAUUCCAGGUUUGUUAAAGAUGUCUGCAUGCGUCUUAGUGGGUUUUAACUUAAUUUGUCACUUUACUGUGUUUAUAUAGUUGAACCAAGUAAUUAGAUUUAGUGUAACUUUUUUUCCCCCCCAUGUCUGGGAGAGCUGAAAAUGUAAUUCAACUACAGUUCAUGUCCAGAUAACAUCUGGCACACCAUGUGUAUAAUCUGUUCUGGCUGCCUUAUUCGUGCAAUUUUAUUUAUUUAUUUUUUUGUUUGCACACUUUGUAUUUCUAAGGAGCUUGGGAUAAUACGGGAACCGAGUUGUGCAUGUUGAAAACUUUUAACCAAAGUAAAAUUGUUGAUGAAAGAAGAUUAAACUAAUAAGAAAGAAAGAAACCAAAGAAGUCAAGUCUGUUCAGGGCGGAGUUUUCCUUCGAUAAGAUUGAUUCCCUGAUUCACUGUCAUGCGGGUUAGGUUUUGGAUUCGACUCCCAGAAUCGACUCCCAGGCUCCGAGGAAUCGAACGCUUCCCUGUGGGUUGUUUUCAUGGCUCUUUUCCCGGCAUAGAUGGUUUACAUUAGGCGGAUUUGAGCUUUCCGUUUCGGUGUGUUUUCCUACAGCAGCAGGAGGCGGGUGUGAAGGAUCCACCAAGACUUAUGAUCAUCUCUGCCGUUUUUUCCUCUCUUUUAGGAAUUUUCUAAUAGUAAAACAAUGCCCUGAUGUCGGAAAGUUUCGACGCAUUGUAUGACCCCCAAUGGUGGACUUGAUUGAAGCACACCAGGAAGGAACUCUGAAAAGGCAGAUUCAUUUCACACAAAUUGACCGACACAAUGUGCUCAAUGAACCAUCCAGCUAACUGGGUGACAUUUGAAGAUGAAGGCACCCCCCAGUCCUCACCACAGAAAAGCAUGCAGUCUCCUCCAUCAAGUUCUGGGUCGAUACCUCGACCAAAUGGCUUGAAACUGGUGCUGCCUCCUUUGGGCAGUUCAGCAAGGAGGUUAUCCAGUCCACUGGAAUCUCCCCAAAUGCACUUGAGCUUCAAUGGGAGCUCAUGUGUACCCAGCAACACUCCGAUGUGCACUCCAGUAAGGGAAACUCCAGCCGGUCCGUCUCCCUUUAACCGCGACGCUCUCAGACCAGCUAACGUCUUUAGGAGUUUCUCCAACACGUCGACGAAUAUCUCUUCUCCUGACAGACGUUCGUCUUCUGAGGCAUCCACUUCCUUUCCAGCGUUCCAAGACGAUCCGGGUCAGGUUAACCUAUUUCUGGGUGAAAGCAAGCACAAGAGAGAUUCUGGAAGUUCCUCGUCAGACUCGGAGCCUGGCUCAAGCUUGCCUCGCUUCUUUAUCCGAACCAAGGAUGGUUACGAGCCACCCCGGGACCAACUUCAAAACUCCUACUUGUACAUCUGCCAUAAGCUAGAGCGGUUAAAGGCAAAGGAGGACCAAGACCAAGACAGAGAGGAAAGAGAUUCUACUAUAAGCAAGCUAAAGGAUAUUGAUGCAGGAAGAGGUUCUUCUUCCUUUGUUCCACAGGGACUGUUCCUCAGCCAGAGGAGGCACGGUUGGCCAUUAAUGCUGAGGAUCCCAGAGAAAAAGAACCGUAUGUCAUCGCGUCAGUGGGGUCCUAUAUACUUACAGUUGCUCCCAGGGGCCGUGCUCCAAAUGUAUUAUGAAAAAGGCUUGGAGAAACCGUUCAAAGAGUUCCAGCUGACUUCCAAUUGCCAUCUUUCAGGCCCAAAACUGGAAAGCUACGGCGAGCCACGAAAAAUUGCGACGCUGAAGAUCGAACACGUGUCAUACGUGGAACGAAAACGCUACCACCCUAAACCCGAGGUGACACACGAAGCUGAAGUGGAGCAGCUGCUGAAGUUUGGCACAACGGAGUACAGAGACAUGGAGGACUUGCUGGUGUCCCUUGAGGAGGAGUUGAUGAGAUUACCAUGUCCCUUCAAGCAGCAAAGACAUUACGAGGAGCAAGAGUUGUCCUUGCAGAUUGCAGACCAUAUCUGGAUGCGAGUAGAUAAGGACGGAGCCACGCUGGAACGUGCGGCCAUCACACGCCUCCACUGCUUGGCCUUCAUAAACGGUACGGCGGAAUGUUUCCUGGCGUUGAACGACCUCGGACUUCUGAGCAAAGACUCUAAUUACGGCUCUGAAGAGGACGAAGCCUGGAUGGAGAUCGCCGAACACCAGUUUCACAAGUCUGUAAGAGAGGCUGAAUUCGAAGACACUAGACUGAUUAAGUUCUCGCCACCGGAUGCCUGCAGGGUGGAACUCGGGCGCUACAGGACGGUAUCGCUGAACUGUGGAGACUUGCCUUUCUCAGUGAAGGCUACGGUCACUGUUCAGGGUGCGUACCUGGAGCUACAAGCCUUUCUCAAUAUGCAAUCGUCCUUCCCUUCACUGGGGGCACAUUCAGAAUCGCUUUGUGAAAACGUGCUAAUCCACGUACCGUUGCCGGGGGAUUGGGUUAAAGUGCCUCGCGCCAUCUCGCUGCUCUGGCAGAAAUCUAUCAAAGCCCGCAUGAACAGAAAUGCCUGCCUGGGCUCAGUAAACAUCACGGAUUCUCAUCCUGUCAUGCAGGUCACUGUUGGUACCGUCAAGUAUGAGAACGUAUAUGGCGCCAUUGUUUGGAGGAUUGACAAGCUUCCCGCUAAGAACAUGGGAGCAGACCAUCCCCAUUGCUUCUCCUGUAAGCUGGAGCUGGCGUCGGACCAAGAGAUCCCAACUGACUGGUUCCCAUUCAUCACCCUGGAGUGCGAGGUGGCAGAUACUGUUGCUUCUCAAACCAGGGUGAAGUCUUUGGGAAUAGAAAGCGACAUUCAGCCUCAGAAACACAUCAGCUACAGGGCCUUUUAUCGUUGCCAGGUGGAAAUUGAAAAAAAGCUGAUCGAGGCAGAAUCGCAGAAACCAUCAAGCUGCGCAACACAGUGAUCUAAAAUGUGGAUUUAUGUUUUAGAAGAAGAAGAGAAAAAAGACUUACAUACUCGCACUAAUGAAUAAUCAGCAUGCACUUACAACAGACAUAUGAAAUGUUCUUAGUCUUUACUCUGGUCUUAACCCCACCCGUGUUAAUCUCAACAAACACAGCUCAAAUAUAUAAAAGAAUAAAACAUAUAUAUGUAUUUAUAUUAACCGUUAAAUUAAUGAAUACAAUUUGUAAUGCUCUGCCAGUGCAAUGACCGUUAAAGACCUGUCCAGCAGCCUACAGUAUUUGCACUUUAGCCUAUUAUACCUUGCAAGAUUUCAGAGAAAAGAUGCAUAUUAAGCUCCAUUAUUACAUACCGAGCACUGUUCACAUUUAACAAUGUGGGUUAUUAAAUUACAUGUGUAUGUGAUGUAAGCAAUAAAUAAAUUCCAGUCAAAUAAAACUGGCUAAGUAUAUGCUACCUCCUGGGGUUUGUGACGUUCCCUAAGAUUUCCACAAAAGAUUGGGUAAUAUUUUAUCGCUGUACUAUUGCAAUAUCUUAAUGUUAUUUUUUAAUAAAUAGCUACAUUGCUAACAAUAAUUUCUUAGCUAUAGUUGGUUUGAUGGACUGAAUAAUGCGAUUAAUUUGCGAUUAUGUUUCCUAUAGUGGUACAACUUUGCUUUUUCCAUGAGGUCCUAUAUUUACAGUGUUCAUAGAAAAAAAAAAAACAUUACACAUAAAAAGUCUACUUUUGUCGU